AUGGACGACCGGAACACCCUCCACCGGCGCAAUAGGGCCUCAAUCUGGACGGCGCGAAUCACGCCCAUCUUCCUGGCUCUCAUCGUCGCCUACGUCUCGUAUGUCGUCGUCGGACCGCUCUGCAUCGACUACCUCGUCAAUCCACCAGGUCACGACAUUCCGCGGCGGCUUACGGCCGGCAUUGCGCUGGCAAUCGUCCAUUUCGUUCUCCUCAUCCCCGUCGCCACCUCCUACUUGCGCCUCCUGCUGGUCCUCUUGCUCGAUCCAGGCUUCAUUCCGCGAGGUCCCGAGGUCACAGAGCCAAGUGAUAUCGAAGCGCGACCAGGAUGUGAAGCUUAUUGGAAUCGACAAGUCUUCGCAUGCGACCCUAGUGGCUUGCCGAUCUGGUGUGACCAAUGUCAUAACUGGAAGCCAGACAGGACACACCAUUCCCAGGACGCGGGAAGAUGCACCCGGAAGAUGGACCAUUUCUGGUAUGCGAUCCAAAAGCGAAAGCCCUUCGACCAAGUCUGGAACAUUCGCUGACUUGAGAAAAACAGUCCCUGGGUCGGCGGCGUGGUUGGAGAGCGCUCCAUGAAAUUCUUCAUCCAGUUCCUGGUCUAUUCCAUGAUUCUCACGUCUUAUCUCACCAUCGUCUUGGCUUAUUUCGUUGCACAGUACAAGGAUGAUGUUCAGCUGUUUGUCGGCUUGGGCCUCUCGGGAUUCUUUUGCUUGUUCACCACCGGAAUGGUCAUGAAUAGCGUGCACCUUGUGCUUCAAAAUGCCACAACCAUCGAAAACGCCGGAAGGAGGAUGCAUCUGGCGGUCCUGUUGCCGCCGGAGCUGCAAAAGGACCCUCUACCUCCGCCUCCUCCAGUGAAGCCGUCGCCGCCACUCGAUUCUGAUGUUGGGAGCGAAAGGCCCCAAACCUCUGACUUCGAUGAUCCAUCUCAUCACAACUAUUUCAGUCGACAGGCCAAUCCUGCUAAACGUACCCGGAACUCAAGCUCCGUUUCUGCCCCGAGGUCGAAGCUGUGGAGGAGUUCCGUCACGUAUCCACUUCACUGGUCUGUGGACAGGCCUCCUCUACCGGCGCCAACCGCACGGACCUUUGCGAUCUUAAAAGUGCCUCCUGGGGCGAACCCCUGGUAUGUUUUCUAGGAUACCUACCACAUAGGUUUAUCUCGAAUGCGCCGCUAACUUCAGCCCCACAAUGCGUAGGAAUCUUGGGAGCGCCUACAGGAAUUUCACGGCUGUAUUUGGCUUCAAGCUGCACGAAUGGCUAUUGCCUCUGAACUACUCUCCUUGCUGCGAUCAUUCUUCCGCGGUGUCCGAAUAUCCGCUUGGUCCUGAGUUCGAGCUCCUACUGGUAGAUGCCGGUCUUGUUCGGCCGCAAGGCUCGUCUGCCAGAGAGCUCAGACCAAGUUCUGCUCGAAGUAGCCGAAGAAGAAAACGCCGACUUGAUCUUGGCUGGCAAAACGGCGAGAGACCUGACGGAUGGAUGUCUGAAAAGGAAGCCCGACGCCUGCGAAAUGAAUGGCGUCGAAGAGCCGAGCGAGAGCAGCAUCCUGACGCUCAGUGA